AUGACCCAAAGAAGUAAAAGAGAAGAAGAUGUGACUGUUCGAUAUGUAACAGUUGGUUGUGCUCGUGGUGGUAAGGCAAGGAGACGUAUUACCAACCUUUUUAAACCACGCCCAACAACAAAAACUGAUUGUAAGGCGAGAAUUAAUGCAAGUUUGGUUGAUGGUGUCUUACGCAUAAGUACUGUCUAUAAUGUUCACAAUCAUGGGUUAAGUCCACAAAAGGCAAGAUUUUUUAGAUGUAAUCGUGCAAUUGAUGAUUCUGUGAAGAGGCAGUUAGAUAUUAACGACAAAGCAGGCAUUGGUAUGUCCAAAAGUUUUAACGCAUUGGUUGUUGAGGCUGGUGGCUUUGAGAAACUUCCAUUUAUUGAAAAAGAUGCAAGGAAUUAUAUUGAUAAGGCUCGACACCUUAGACUUGGCAAAGGAGGUGCUGAUGCACUUCGUGGUUAUUUUGAGAGGAUGCAGUAUAAGAAUGAUAGGUUUUACUCAUCGAUGGAUUUGGAUGACAAUGGUCGAUUAAAAAACAUAUUUUGGGCCGAUGCACGCAGCAGAGCGGCAUAUGAGUAUUUUGGGGAUGUUGUAACAUUUGAUACAACAUACCUAACAAAUAGAUAUGGCAUGCCAUUUGCCCCGUUUGUGGGUGUGAACCACCAUGGACAGUCAAUACUUUUGGGAGCAGGCUUGAUAUCAAGUGAAAAUACUGAAACAUUUGUCUGGUUAUUUGACACUUGGUUGAAAUGUAUGGAUGAGAGAGCACCAAAAACUAUCAUCACUGAUCAAGACAGAGCCAUGAAAAAUGCUAUUGCAAUAGCUUUUCCAAAUACCCGGCAUAGAUACUGUUUGUGGCACAUAAUGAGAAAACUGCCAGAGAAGUUGGGCUCACAUGCUGAAUUUAAGUGUGGUUUGAAAAGUGCAUUGCAACGAUGUGUGUAUGAUUCUCUAACUUCUGACGAGUUUGAGAAGUCUUGGGAGGUGUUUAUUGACACUUACAAAUUGCAUGAAAAUGUCUGGCUUCAGAGUCUCUAUAAUGAGCGCACGUAUUGGGUUCCGGUAUACCUAAAAAAUACAUUUUGGGCUGGGAUAAGCACAACUCAGAGGAGUGAGAGCAUGAAUGCCUUUUUUGAUGAAUAUGUACAUUCAGGAACUACAUUGAAAGAAUUCGUAGAUCAAUUCAACAAUGCACUGAGGAAGAAAGUAGAGAAUGAGAUGGCAGCGGAUUUCCAUUCAUUUAAUUGUACAGUCCCUUGUAUAUCUCAUUUGCCCAUGGAGAAAAAGUUUCAAGCAGUGUACACAAAUUCCAAGUUUAAGGAAGUGCAGUUAGAAAAGGGGCAAUUACUACGUAUCAAGUUAAUGACCAAAGAGAAGUUGAAGAUGGCAUCAAGAAGUCAACUUUGCAAGCGUACUUUAAUGAAGAAGAGUGUGAGGCAAAAUGCAUGUGUGGUCUAUUUGAGAUGA